ACAUUUAUAACAUUGUGCCACCGCGCAUGCCCCGCGUUCUUGGUUUCUUCAUUUAUUUGCACAUUUUGUUGAGUCUUGUCUCGCAUAUGUUGACUGUGUGUCUUUGAGAUUUAAGGGCUGUGUCUAAAUGUCAAGGAGAGCUAGUAGAAGUUCCCUGGGUGGGGACAAUGGAGAGUUCUACCUGGAGUGUAAAGCUGCAUACCUGUCAAUAUACGACAACAUCAAGGAUGAGAUUGACUCAUUGGAAGACCUAAUCCAAGUUUUACAACAGGCAGGUAGAAAUCCAAACAGGAAAACAUUAUCAAAGUACUGGAAAUAUGACACAGACCACUUAACAUUUGAUGAUUUUGUGGACAUCUGUAAGCGAGAGAAAGUCACCACUGCUGAUGAUCUGAUGAAGGCAUUCAGGAAAAUUGACAUUAAUGGAGAUGGUUAUAUUUCCUUGGAUGAGCUCUACAAAAUUAUGACCACAAAAGGAGAAAAAAUGAGCCGUGCAGAGGUAAAGAAAAUGAUCGAUGAAGUGGAUGAAAACAAGGAUGGACGUCUGGAUUAUGGAGAGUUUUGUAAGAUGAUCAUGGAGACCACAGAGGAAUGUAAGAAAGCGUCACGGAAGAUCAUGGAGAGGAAAGAACAAAGGAGACGAAAGGAAGAACUGACCAAAACAAGUGAUUCUAGAUCAGGAUCACAGGUUUCUGUGAAAUCUGCAGCGUCUGUGAGAAGUCACAGUGAAAGACCAAUGUCUGCAUCAUCCAGAUCAAAUAAAGAAGAGAUGUCCAUAGGUCUAGAAACAUCAGGUCUACGUAAAGAAGACAGUUCUAUCAAUCAGGACAAAAUGGGGUCAAAAGUUUCAUUGAAGUCCAAGGACAAUGACCAUACAUCUACUAGGAGUUUGGGAUCUAGAGUAUCAUUAAAAUCCAACAAAGAAGAAGAUGAGUCUAAAUCCCAGGGAUCUCCAGGAUCUGUUAAGGAAAAUGAAGAUACCCCAAAUGAGGUAAAAAUGGGAUCUAGGGCAUCACUUCAAGAAGAACCAGCAUUACCAGCACAUAUUAUGAAAUCAAGAACAUCAGUGAAAGUUGAAGAAGAGGAGAAAACAACAGAGGCAAUAAAGGGUGAAGACAACUCUAACAAGAAAAAUAAAGCAGGGUCGAAGGUGUCUUUGAAAUCAGACACUAAGACAGACACUUUUGGCUCUAAGGUGUCAUUACGAUCCAAAGGAAAUGACAUCAGCUCUGCUGAGAUAAUGGGAUCUACAGCUUCACUGAAAAUUAAAGAGGAAAAACUUGAAGCCAUGGGAUCAAAGGUGUCAGUGAGGUCACGGCAUGAUUCUAAAGCAGACGUAAGUGGAUCCAAACUUUCUUUGAAGUUGAAAGAUGGAGAUGAUGUCAAACAGGAGAAUAUGGGAUCCAAAGUGUCUCUCAAGUCUCAAAGGGAAUUGAAUAUGGGAUCCAAGGCUUCUUUGAAGUCAAAAGGAGAAUCUAACAUGGGAUCUAAAAUUUCUUUGAAAUCAAAAGGCGAUUCCAAUACAAUAGCUGAAACAGCAACCAGUGAAGAUCUGGCAAAUGACUUGGAUGAGGAAAUGCCUAAAGCAGUCAGGCCAACUCCCCGUGCUAGGAAGGACAGUAAAAUUGCUAGGCAGAUCAAUGAAGGGAGUAUGUUUGGUUCCUUUGCCUCCAUGAAGUCAGGUGCAUCUUUAGCAGGGUCUAGGAAAUCUUUGCUCAGUGUUGAUGACCUUCCAAAACCUUCCCCUCGGAACCGGAAAUCUAAGGGUCAGGCUGCAGCAACUUUACCCAAACUUACUGAACCCAAGAAUCUUAAGGAAUGGACGAACACAUCUAGUAAAGGAAUGUUCUUCAUUGAUGAAGACACUGGGAACCUUCUCUGCCAUCAAUAUGAUCUCAAGCUCACUGAGGAUACUUCUGUAUGGAUCACAAUUCAACCACUCAGAUUUCGUUGUCAGGCUACUAUGGACCAGAUCAUAGACACAGGUUUGUUUGUCGUGAAGGAAAAGCCAGACGAUGAUGGCAAUGUCUUGGUGACAUUUACGCAGCACCGGGAUUCCAAGGGGAAAUAUGGAGUGAAAUGUGCUUUGGAUAGAGGAAACUACCACAUCAUUCCGUUCACGACUGGAUCUCGUCUUAAGAAACGUGAGAGUGAAUCCUCCAAUCCUGUGAAGUUACUUCAACACAAAGAUGGAAAGCAUACUCUAUCUAAAACCUUCAAGAGAGUGUUACAGGACAUCUUUGAAAUGUCCGACUUGGAUGGAAAUGGAACAAUGAGCCGAGAGGAGUUUAACUGGUACAACAUCAGGACCAGUGACGAAGAGGUCGGGGAUGAUGAGUGGGCGGUGGUGGAGGAGCGACUUGAACGGUCAAAUGGAGAAAUUACAGAGAAUGGUUUCCUUCAGCUGAAUGACUUGGAAGCUGAGGACUCUAAUGGUGAUGAAGAUGACAUGUGGGUAACAUUAGAGAGUCUGGGGUUCAAUAAGGAGCUGGUUAUGGAUGAGGCCUGUCCAUUCUUGAUAAAUGUUUACACAGAAGACUGUGAUGAUACUGAAUUUAAAGUGAAUGCUAUAGAAGCCAUGAUGGACAAACUCCAACGUCCUCUGUGUCAGUCAGUGAUGGAAAAGGGUGAAGCUAUCAAGGUGAAGGGGAUGAAGGAUUUGACAAUGUACACAUACAUGGGAGACACCAGGGCCACCAUAGUACUGGACAAUAAGUCUUACAGCACUGUUCGUGUUAAGCUGGACUGUUCUGCCAGCCAAAACUGUCUCACAAACAUGCCCUCAGAGGAGGAAACUUUCUCUGUCAAGUCACAGUCUCAGAUUAUUGCUUACCACUUCACACCAGACAAUGAAGAUGAGGAAUGGAAUACCAAAAAGAGGAAAAUCAUUGAAAAGACAUUAAAUGGAAAAGUAAAAGAAUUUAUACACAACAGUAUUCCAGAGAACUAUAAGCAAAGGAUAACGGGACCAAUUAACGACUGGAAACUGUUUUAUAGACAACAGAGUGCUUUCAAUUAUGCCAGAGAGCAGUCAGAGGAGCUGCACGUGUUUGCCUUUGAAAGUUCCAGCCUGGGACAGGGUGGAGGAAAGCGGAUGUACCUUGUCUCCAGCUAUGAAGUAUUUUGGCAUUACUAUAGCCAGCUGCCAUGUGAGAAGAAGCUACAUUAUGAGAUAAUUCCAGAGGGUGCUGUAUGUAAGCUGUACUUCGAUCUGGAAUUCUCCAUUCCUGACAAUCCAAACAAAGUAGGAACAGAAAUGGUGGACACAUUUGUCCAGUAUGUAUGUUUAUGGCUUGACUUUGAGUUUAAUGUGAAGUGCACAAGGAAAGAUGUUCUAGAUUUGGAUGCAAGCACUGAUAAAAAGUUCAGCAGGCACCUAAUCUUCCUUCCUCCAGAUACAGCUUUCCAAGACAACAUCAGAGUUGGAAAUUUUGUGAAGUACAUAAUGAAAGCACUACAUGAAUAUUGUGAAAAUGGAAUGAAAGAUAGCUCUCUUGAUGACAACAAAAGUGUUGUGGCUUCAUUUUGUGAGGAUGACAUGAAUGGAAAGGAAAAAGAAAUUGGAGAAUUGCCAAGUAUCACUGGAGAGCAACCACCUGAAAGCCAAAAUAAAAUAAUCGGGAUCAAAAUGACCAACAGAAAGGAGAUUGCCAAUGAAACUGUGCACGUUGAAAAGAGUAGACACUGUGAAACACCCGACAAAAAGGUAGAGAAACAACAGACAUCGGACAACAUAUUUACUUAUUUCACAGAAGAGCAACUGUCAUCUUUAUUUGUGAAAAACAAGAAUGGAGAAAGAACAGCAUUUUGUGAUUUGGGUGUGUACACAAAAAACAGAAAUUUUCGCCUUUAUCAAUCCUCUAAGUAUGGCAAGAACAAUCCCCUUGUUGUGGCUUCAGAUAAUGAAUUUGUUCCAACCACAUGUACACCAUAUAGUGAAAAGUCAGUCUUCAUGCAGUCACUGAUAUCUAAUGUGAAAUUUUCAUCAAGAAUGAGGAUUUUAAAGUUUGAUAGUAUGCAGAAGGAUGGCCCGAGAUUGGUGAACAAGAACACGACCAGCAUGGCUAGUUUAGAAGGAUACAAGACUUCUCCUUAUCCUGAAGUAGACACUUUCCUUGUGAAACAUGUACAGGAAAUAGAACCUCGUGGAGGGAUCCGCCAAUGGACAUACUUCAGUCAGGGAGAACUCCUCGUUUACGAAAUGGCCAAUUACAGAUUCUGUCAUAACAUACAAAGGAGCCACCGCAGUAACAACAUCAUGUUUAUUGUGGACCUGAAGAAGAAAAUUUAUUAUCAAAAAUGCCAUGACCCUGUUUGCAGAUCACAAAAUUUCAAAUCCUUGGAUUUCCCAUUACCCCAGUCUGUAUUUCCCUCUUACUUGUGGGAAGACGAUCCCAUGUUUGAUGGAGAAGAUGAUGAUUUAUGCAGUGCUGCUGAUGAAGCAGAGAGGACAAAGCCUGGCUGAAAUAUCCUAUAUGCCAUAGAUAUAUUUUACAUGAUUUAAAGACUAUGGGGGAUAAUUUGGCUGCAAAGGAUGAAAUUCUUGUCAGCCCUGGUCCAGAUAAUGACAGUUCAUCUGCCAGGACACGGCCAUGCAGUGUGCUAAGUACGAACACAGGACAAGUUUCAUUUAAAUAACUUGGAACAUUCUGUGUAUAUGUCUUGUGUGUGCAUCGUUUUUGAAUAGUUUUAUCAAUAAUAAGGCUUCAUUUUAAUCAUAUUAGAAUUAUUAUUUUUAUAUGAAUUUGAUGAGGUAUUUUUACAUUAUUGUAAUGUUACACAAGAACUGCAAGUACAUGUAUAAGAUGAUUGAAAUUCAAUUCAUCACCAAAUUUGUUAUAAUGCCAUAAAAUUCAACUGGUGGUGGUUUAUCAAGAGUUGACUAUACAUAUACACCUGUAGAAACCCAACUUCUUGAGUUUAAAUGGGAGUUGUAUAUUUUGUUAAUAUCCUAUAUAUUUAUCCUCAAUAGACCAUGUGAUCAUACAUAUCCUUCAAUAAAAGUAAUCAAAAUUUUA